CGGCUCUCCGCUCGCGGCCAGAGGGAGCCAGUUCCAAGACGGCCGGCCGCACCUGGCCGGAGAGGCUGGGCGGGCGGAGGGGUGGGGACCCGCGGGAACCUGGAAGCUAGACCCGGAGCUGGCUGCGCCGCGAGGAGAAUGGAGUCUCCUAACCGCCUCCCGGGGCCGAUGUGAGAUUUGACCAUCUGAAAACCCCGGUUUUGUUCUUUUUAUGUGGGGUUUUUUUUUUUUCUUGUCUUUUUUUUUUUUUUCUCCCCUCGCUCUCCAUCGUGUAAGUGAAUUAUUAAAGCUUGCUCCGCUCCAGGAGAGAGGAUCUUGAUUGAAUGAAGCCACCCGGUCCGCAGCAAGGAAAAGCACAAAGAGGAAAUUUCAGCGAUGGCCAAGUUAACAGAAUCCAUGACUAACGUCCUAGAGGGUGACUCCAUGGACCAGGACGUUGAGAGCCCCGUGGCCAUUCACCAGCCAAAGUUGCCUAAGCAGGCCAGGGACGACCUGCCGAGACACGUCAGCCGGGACAGGACCAAACGGAAAAUCCAGAGGUACGUGCGGAAAGACGGGAAGUGCAACGUGCACCACGGCAACGUGAGGGAGACCUACCGCUACCUGACCGACAUCUUCACCACCUUAGUGGACCUCAAGUGGAGAUUCAACCUGCUGAUCUUCGUCAUGGUUUACACCGUGACGUGGCUCUUUUUCGGGAUGAUCUGGUGGCUAAUUGCAUACAUCCGAGGAGACAUGGAUCACAUAGAGGACCCGUCAUGGACUCCAUGCGUCACCAACCUCAACGGGUUCGUCUCUGCUUUUUUGUUCUCCAUAGAGACAGAAACCACCAUUGGUUAUGGCUACCGGGUCAUCACGGACAAGUGCCCGGAGGGCAUCAUCCUCCUCCUCAUCCAGUCGGUGUUGGGGUCCAUUGUCAAUGCUUUCAUGGUGGGGUGCAUGUUCGUUAAAAUAUCGCAGCCCAAGAAGAGGGCGGAGACCCUGGUUUUUUCCACGCACGCAGUGAUCUCCAUGCGGGAUGGGAAACUGUGCCUGAUGUUUCGGGUGGGGGAUCUGAGGAAUUCCCACAUCGUGGAGGCUUCCAUCAGAGCCAAGCUGAUUAAAUCCAAACAGACCUCGGAAGGGGAGUUCAUCCCUCUGAACCAGACGGACAUCAACGUCGGGUAUUACACGGGGGAUGACCGUCUGUUUCUGGUGUCUCCGCUCAUCAUCAGUCAUGAAAUUAACCAGCAGAGUCCCUUCUGGGAGAUCUCCAAAGCCCAGCUGCCCAAAGAGGAACUGGAAAUUGUGGUCAUCCUGGAAGGAAUGGUAGAAGCUACAGGGAUGACAUGCCAGGCUCGCAGCUCCUACAUCACCAGUGAGAUACUCUGGGGGUACCGAUUCACACCCGUCCUGACGCUGGAGGACGGGUUCUACGAAGUCGACUACAAUAGCUUCCACGAGACCUACGAGACCAGCACCCCAUCUCUCAGUGCCAAAGAGCUGGCCGAGCUGGCCAGCAGGGCCGAGCUGCCCCUGAGCUGGUCUGUCUCCAGCAAACUCAACCAACACGCAGAACUGGAGACUGAGGAGGAGGACAAGAGCCCUGAGGAGCAGACAGAGAGGAAUGGUGACGUGGCAAACCUAGAGAAUGAAUCCAAAGUUUAGUCCCCAGGCCCGGGGCCACCCCUUCUCCCCUCCAACCCCCUCCCCCACCCCCCGCAACCUUCUCUUGUCUCUCAUUCGCUUUUUCUGUCUCUUCCUCUGUUCUUUCCUUAUAUUUAAGUUUGGCAUUACCAGGAAACAAAUCUUCAAGGUGUAAAAUAUCUACCUGCCCUCUCAGUUAAUUCAGAUUGACAAGGUAGCUUGCAGAUUGGGUUAAGGUGUCAUAUGCCCUCAUUUGUGGUCCCAGCCUGGUCUCCUCCCGGGAUAGGGCACAUCUGAUUAGAGAUUUACGCUACUCCCCUGCAUGUGUUGUAAAAUAGCAGAUCACUCAAAAGAGUGCAUCGAAGAGUUUCCCUGGGAUAUGACGAGGAAGGUCUCUGGUGCCUAUUCAUUCAUGCAGUGAGACAUGGAGUCGAGCCCUCCGUUUUACACAUCUCAAUAAAUUUCAUCCACAGGGCGAGGUGCUUGCCCUCUGUGGGCGUCGCGGUUAUAGGACCCAGGUGAGGUGAAGACAAAACACUGUACAUAUAUAUGCCUUAUGUAAUUAUUUUCUUUUGCAGUUAGUAAUAAAACCCAGCAUGUACAAAAGUACUGUAGAACACAACUUCUAAAUACUGUACAUAGAUGUAAAAUCAAUGUAGGUUUAGAUAUAUAACUUUAGAAAUAAGAUUAAAAAAAAAAAAAGAUCCCCAAAGUACAGUAGGCAUUUCUGUUCUGAUGUCUCUGUUUUCUGGAUUUCUUUGAUCCCACUGACCGCUGGCCCUUCAGUGCAUGGCCUUUGUUCUGUGUCCCAGACUGGCAUCCGUUUGGGUACCUCACUGUUCCCUUUCGUUGACUCUAAUAAGCCAUAGGUCUGGGGGAAGUUUGGAGGUCCAGUAGAUGGCAAAACCCACCACCAAUAUGCUGAUAUACUGUGAAAUGUUUACAAAACUGAGGUCUCUUUUUUAAGACUACGAGGACCUCACUGACUAGCUUGGGGCAGAAUUUCAGGAGGAGAACAUGCUCUGGCAUGCCAACAAUGAUGUGCAUUUUUUUUUGUUUCUUGUAUGUGUAUGUGUUUUUUUUUCCUUCUUUUUUUUAGGGGGGGUGGGGUGGAGGGGUAGGGGUGACUACUCUGUGAAGCUUAUGAGAUCUUAGUUCCCUGACCAGGGAUUGUACCUGGGGCUCUGGCAGGGGAAGGAGUGCCAAGUCCUAACCAUGGGACCACCAGGGAAUUCCCAUCAAUGAUGUGUUGAUGCUUUUCCAGUGAGUUUCACCCUUUGUAGAACCACAGUUCGAGAAACUUUUCUUCUACAAAACCAUUUCUCCAACUGUUUCCACUCUACAAUCACAGUUUAAAGAUGAGACAUGGUAAGUUCAUAAAAGACGGUUUGGGUUUAAAGUCAUGAAAUUCACGAUGGCAUGUAGUGGGCAAAGUAUACUGUAAUCACUGCUCUCACACACCUUGACUCCAUCUGACACUUUUCCUGUAUCUAGGGGCUUAGCCGUCAGAAUUCCUUCCAUUGGUAUUUAUUAUUAUUAUUACUAUGAAAUUACCAGAGCUCAAUAUUCAAUGAUUAGAUCAACAAUCUUGGUGAUUGUCUAAUAAAGACCUACUCUAGAGUAUGCCACAGGUUAGAAACUUAAAUUCAAAAUGUCUCCCAGUGAAAGAAAAUGACAAAAAAAAUGACAAUCUUAAUUCAUUUUAAUCUGCAAAGGUAAAUGAAAAAAGAAAGAAAGAAGAGAGGAGAGAAGGAGGGAAGGAAGGAACAAUAUUUUGUGCUGAAAAUCUAAUUUUCAAAAAUGAAAAAAAUUUUCAAGUGAAAAAAUAAGAGGAAGAAGAGAAUCUUAGACAAAACCUCAAGGGCAGGUGGAGAUUUUGCACUGAAACAGAUCUUUCACCUUAAUUUUGCAUUUAUAAACUGUGUGUUCCCUAACACAACCAUCCAUCAUAUAUAUUCAUUGACUGGAUCCAAGUUCAUUUUCAGCUCCUACAGUUGUGCUCAGUUUGAAGCUUUGCACCAUGGAGGUCGCAGAGCUCAAACUAGCUGCCCCUCCCUGUUGCCCUUGCCUUCCCUGACCAGAUAUCACAGGCCUUCACUGUAGUUUGGGGACCUCGUGUACUAAAAAGCAUGUUCCAGAGAUAAAGCAACUCCUAAAUUUGACAUGGCGGGGGAGGGGGGUGUCUCUCUUCUCCCACUUCUGACACCUUGUAUUAAGACAGUUGCGUCUUGGCACUGAUCAUGUGGAAAACAAAACUGUUGGCCGUAGCUCUCGCCUCUUUGCCAACAUUUCACUUUUUGCAUUGAAUGUGUGUUGAGUUGUUUUUUCAUUCCACACACUCCAAAAAGGAGGUUGUAGUUGAGGAGGAGGGAGCCCCGUGUGUUUCUUGCCAGGCUGUAGGGAGGCACUGUGGCCUUACCUCCCUGUAACCUUGGAAAGGGCGCUCUUGCGUGGGGACGCUAACCCUGCAGCAUCACCAGAGUUGCAGGGAAAGGUAUGGUAGCACAAAGCAAGAUCAGCUGGGGCUGCAAAAAUCUGCUAAUGUAGCUCCUGGAGUCUCAAUGGGCCUUUGCAAAUGCUUUACUAAGGCUUGAAGGACAAAACACAGACUGUUGUCUGGUUGGAAGAGCAGAUGGGGCCCCUUGAGCACAACUGAACAAACAGCCCUAGCAACUCUUUGGGCAGACACGAGUGUCAGUUCUGUAUCUGUGACAGGACACCCGAGUGUGAGGUCUUUCCCCUUUUCUCACUGUCUUUGGUGUCAGUGUGGUUGGAGACAGAACACGAACCAAAUCUCGUUUUUGUAAUGUGAGCCUCUGAAUCUUUAAAUGAUGAUGCUCCAGAAGAACCUUUUAUUAGAAUGUCCUUAUCAAACAUGUCUAUUUUUCUACAAUUAUUGCUAACACAGUUUAACAGUGUAUUUUGUGUCAACCGUUAAAAUUUGGAACUGAAAGAAGCUCAUUAAGACUGAAUUUUCUAAGUAGCAAGUAUUGAAAGGUGUUUUUCAUUGACAGUUCAGCAAAGAUGACUCUACAGUUUCUACCCAUUCUCUUCCACCAUAUCCAGUCUCCGAUCACUCAGUCCCUUGUUUAUUUCCACAGAAAAUCCAGCAUUAUUGAAAUAAAUAAGCAUAUUUUAAUCCUUCAAAAUUCAUAAUGAGUGAGGAUCACUCUCAACUUGAUAUUUUGAUCUGUCCAGUGGCAUAUUUGAGUCCUUUUCCCAUAAAAGCAUGACCGUAUCAUUAGCCAGAUGAGAACUUUAGGCUAAAGGGUUACAACUUGCUACAGCUGACCCCAGUUUGGAGAAAAGACAGACUCAGCUGGAAGCAUGACCUCCCCAAGGGCUGCUGGGACCCUCAGAUUCUUGUUGCCCCCCACCCCAACAUGCUUUCUGACUCGAAGAUCACCUGUUCAUGUCAGCUUUAUGUAACUAAUAAAAUAGUUUAUGUUUCGAUGUCCCAUGGGCAAACUAUACUCUUUUGGAUUAACACCCUUGUGAUCCCUGUAAGGUCAGGUCAUUGCUUUUCAAUUUCUUCAAAACAUGGCUUUCUGGCCUGGUUUGGUCCAAUACAUAGACACUCUAGGUCCGUGGGAAGGAAAUCUCUCUUUCCCCAUCCCUUCUUCCAUCCGACCCUCUCUUUUGCUGUUUCCCUCUUUCUCCAGUUCUAGUUCCAUCGAUUUGGUUUAGUAUCUUAUGUUCCUGAAUAUGAUUAAUUCUAGCCACUGUUUCUAAAAAGUUCAGCCUGUUUCUAAAGCACAAUUUUCUCUUGCCAGUUUAACCAAGCAAAGGCUCUGAAAUGUCUAUUUUUCAUGAUACUCUAUAAUUUUUAAAUUAUUUGUGACUUUAUUUAAAAGCCUAAGUUUUUAAGUUUCCAAGGAACAUUCCUGUUUUUCUCUCCCUACGUUUUCUUACUUUUCCACCUCUUUGCUUUUGUAUUUAGGUUGAAAUCAGUAUCUUUGGGAUAUUCAGAAAGUGUUUAUGAAGGUGGGUGCUAGUGGACAAAAGCUCCAUUAGAAAACUAUUUGAACUCACCGAAAGAAUGUGAAAUUAUUUGAUUUUGAUUAGCUAAGUGAUUCAAGAUAAAAAAUAAAUAAAUAAAAUAUAGUCAUUUCCAAAAGAGCUUGCCAAACUAGUCUGACUAGUUUUCAGUCUUGCCGUGACUUGGGUGAUACUCUAUGUGAUUCAAACGAGUCCUAAGGGUAGUUGAAAGUUAAAUGUCUUACACAGAUGGUGAACUUUGUCUUCUAUCAUUUCUUUUCAGUGGAUGGCUAUAAAGUAAAAAAAAAUAUAGGUGACAGAUACCUAAUAAAAGUUUCAUUGAUAUUGCA